UUAUGUCUUUGUCUUUAUUGUCCGCCAUUUUCUUUCUUUUUCUUCACUUUUAGUUUUCCUCAUCCUCCAUACUUUUUCUUUAAGUUUCAACUUCUUCUACUCCACUCUCUGUUUCACAUAUCAAUAAUCUGAAUAUAUUGAAAACACAGAGGAGGAGUUAUGGACCAAGAUGAUCGGAAUAUGUUUGUCAAAGUAAUGACUGAUGAACAAAUGGAAGUUCUUCGCAAACAAAUCGCCAUUUAUGCCACCAUUUGUCAACAGCUUGUUGAUUUGCAUAAAUCGCUUACUUCUAAUCAUGAUCUUGCAGGAGUUAGACUAGGGAACAUAUACAGCGACCCAUUGACCACAUCCGGUUGCCACAAGUUUUCGGGCCGGCAACGGUGGACUCCGACACCAGUGCAACUUCAGAUUCUCGAACGACUGUUUGAUCAAGGCAACGGGACACCAAGCAAACAAAAAAUCAAAGAGAUCACAUCUGAACUAUCACAGCAUGGCCAGAUUUCUGAAACAAAUGUUUACAACUGGUUUCAGAACCGACGGGCCCGAUCCAAGAGGAAGCAACAGGUCUCUACAACAAAUAAUGGUGAAUCUGAAGUUGAAACCGAAGUUGAGUCACCCAAACCACAUCAGAAUUCAGCAUCAGCAGUUGAUGAAAGCAACAUCUGUUUUCAGAAUUCCAAUGUUGGUUCUGCGGAUCAAAGGGCAAAAAGAGUUGAGCCCGUUUGCCCGUCUGAUGCUAGCUCAAAGCCGAAUGCGGGUCAGAUUUCGUAUUAUGGUACUAUGUUAGCGAAUCCAAGAAUGGACCGUAUAAUUGGAAAGAUUGAGGCUCCGGGGAGUUACCAAUCAUAUAUGCAAGGCGAUCAUGACAGGCUAAGUGCUAAAAACCAAACAAGAUUUAGUUGAAGAAUUGGCUUAUUUAAGGUAAGAAAUUAAGAUCUAGUAGUGUCCAUUCAACUUCCUUAACAAUUUAAUUAAGCAUUCAUGUCAUUGUUUUUCUUCUUAAAAAUUUAUAAUUAAGACAAGACUAAAAUGUUGUGUAACUGUGUUUUGUCAUAAAAGACGGGAUUCAUUGCAA